GUCACUCGAAGGAAACGGAAGUGGCGUUUGUUGGGUCAUAGGUUGUUUCAGCGCGCCUCUCGUGCUACUCGGAGAACUGGUCUGAGACAAAAACAAACUUUUAAACCAAUCCCGAGUUUGAAUCUUUUGUUCGACAAAAUAAAGCAGUGUCUGACUGUUUUCUUGGUGAGCGUACCUGGCGUUUUGAGCUCAAGGGCUAGCCUGGCUAGCUUUUUAUUGGCGGCUGAGGAGGGGGGGGGGGGGAGGAACAAAAAAUGACCGGCUAAUAAUAUCAAUAGUUAGCUAACCGUUUAGUUUCAUAGCGGGACUCGACGAAAUCAUCGCCUUCAACCAUGCAGGAUUUAUUGGCUAGCGCGGAGCACAUCAAGUUCGACCUGGAGAUUGCCGUGGAGCAACAGCUGGGGGCUCAGCCUCUGCCAUUCCCCGGCAUGGACAAAUCUGGGUCUGCUGUGUGUGAGUUCUUCAUGAGAGCUGCAUGCUUGAAAGGUGGCAUGUGUCCUUUCCGUCACAUCAGUGGAGAGAAGACAGUGGUUUGCAAGCACUGGCUCCGAGGACUUUGCAAAAAAGGAGACCAGUGCGAGUUCCUCCACGAGUACGACAUGACAAAGAUGCCUGAAUGCUAUUUCUACUCCAAGUUUGGUGAGUGUAGCAACAAGGAAUGUCCGUUUCUACACAUCGAUCCCGAAUCCAAGAUUAAGGAUUGUCCCUGGUAUGACCGAGGCUUUUGUAAACACGGUCCAGACUGUAGACACAGACACACAAGAAGGGUGAUUUGUGUCAACUAUCUGGUGGGCUUCUGUCCAGAAGGAAAAUCGUGCAAAUUUAUGCACCCUCGUUUUGAAUUGCCAAUGGGAGCCCCUGAGCAGCCUCCACUGCCCCUACAAAACCAAAAUCAGACAAAGACGGCGUCUAUGGGCCGCUCGUCAUUCUCAGUCAUCCACCUGACCAACGCCAGCCCGGGCCAGCGGUUGCAGAACAACUCUUCCAAUCCUGUGACUCAACAGAAUCAUCUCAUUUCCAACAGAGGGCCUCGACCACUGGACCAGGUCACCUGCUACAAGUGCGGAGAAAAGGGCCAUUACGCCAACAAGUGUAAUAAAGGCCAUCUCGCUUUCUUGAGUGGCCAGUGACAACGGGAAAGAUGGACAGUUGACAGGUUGACACUCUGAAGAAUGGCCUGGAACAACCUGUGAUUUUUUUUCUUCUUUUUUCUUUCCCACUUCUGGUCAAUCUACUCGUACAAAGAGAGAUUCACAUUGCUUCAAUUGGUAUUCUUGUCUUUUAUACAGUGUGGGGGGGAAAAAAUCAAGAUGCCAGACUGAGAAUAUGUGGACACUGAAUUGAGCAUUAAGACCUGCGGUGUGGACUUAUCCGUAGUGUCUUAUUUCUAGUUUUCUAUUACGUGUGCUUAUGUUAGCCUUUGUCUAUUCAAAACUUGCAGAAUUGUUCACAAACCGGUAAAAUCCAAAAAAAUCAAUUUACAAGAGACUGCACCUCCACUCAUCGCCGAAUCCAUACAGUAAAAAGUUGCUCAUAUUAAUAUGAUGUGUGAGGACAAAUUCUCAGUGUGUAAAUAGAUGGUUCAUUCUCAAAUGUGUAGGAAAUCCUCAAUCUUUUUUUUCCCAAUCAAGACAAACCCCACAAUAACUCUUAAUAUUGUUUAUUGGUCAAAUAUUGAACACAAUGAGCUGAGAAAGCAAAGAGUAGGAGGAGCUGGAAGGUCCAUCCCUGAAGCUCUGAUGGCUCCUUAGUGGUACUUCCUCCAGCGAUCAUGUUCUACAAAAGAAGACCGAAAACAAAUGGAAACCAUUUCUAAACUCAUUAUAAUAAUAGCUUUGUGUUUUGUUGCCACCAUCACAACAUAGGUCCACUGCCAACUACUGUAUUUUCUCAAUCAAGCAGGCAAAGAAUUUGUUGUGUGAUGUCUAUAAUAAAUGUGCAUAUUUUAUGUUCAA